AUGCGCUGCAUGAAGCAAGCUUACGACCUCGGCGUUAAUUUUUUUGACGCUUCGGAGAAAUACUCGACAGGCCAGUUAGAGAUUGUCCUGGGCCGUGCAGUCAAAAGAUUUCGCUGGAAACGUAGCGAGCUGGUCACGUACGGUGCCGUCGGCGAAGGGCUGGCUAUCAACAGCCAAAGCCUCUCGCGAAAGCAUAUAGUUGAAGCAACCCUGGCGUCUCUCAAGCGCCUGGAUCUCGAAUACGUUGAUAUCAUCUGUGCGCAUCGACCGGACCGACUGACCCCGAUGGAAGAGACGGUUCGUGCAUUCAACUAUCUCAUUGAGAAAGGACUCGCAUUCUAUUGGGGAACAUCCAUGUGGUCCGCAGACGAAAUCACUGAGGCGUGCCGAAUCGCAAAGUGUCUUGGGCUUGUUGCGCCUAUCGUCGAGCAGCCAGUCUACAACCUGCUUGACCGGCAUAGAGUCGAAGGGGAGUAUCAGCAUAUAUAUGCGAGAUGCGGGAUCGGCCUUGUAGUGACAUCUCCCUUGAAAACUGGCAUUUUGACGGGAGGAUGUAACUAUCCAAACGGCGCGAGGCUCGCGGAUCCGCAAGGCGGCGCUAAGAUUCUCAACAGCAAAAAUGUCUCCCAUCUUCACGAGAGCAUGGCAUAUCUCCGGAAGGUCGAGCGCCUACAGGUAGGGGUAACCCAGACUCCUGGCAUUCCGGCUUGUGCUGAGAAGAAUCCUGCAAACAGCCCGUUCUGGAUAGACUUGGAGUCAGGCUAUCACACCUGGCACUGGCAUGGUGUCUGA